AUGGCAUUCAUAGCCAACAAAAAGACCAGUUCCUUUCUUGUCCUAAUCUGUUUUUUAACCUUUUCUUCUUUGCAUAAAACCAUAGAGGCAUGUCAUGAAACUGAUAGAGCAGCUCUACUUGAUUUCAAGAGUAAAAUCAUCCUUGAUCCUGCUCAACUAUUACAAACGUGGAAUCAAUCCACUGAUUGUUGCACCCAAUGGGAAGGUACUGCUUGCGAUUCCAGCGGCCGAGUCGUAAGUGUUGCACGUACUGGCUCAUUUUCUGAGGAUGAUUCCAGUGAAACGUUCAUGAGCGGAACCAUAUCUCCUUCGUUGGGUAAACUCAAGUUUCUGCGCCAUUUAGACCUUAGUAACCUCAGGCAGUUAGUAGGACCAAUCCCUCCAGAGCUCGGAAAGUUGUCAAACCUUACUGCUAUUUUACUUAACACCAACCAGCUCGAGGGUUCAAUUCCGGCGUCAUUUCAAAAUCUUCGUAAACUCAAUAGGCUAUACCUCAGUGAAAAUCGUCUAUCAGGUACAGUUCCCACCAACGUCUUUCAACAUAUGUCCUCUCUUUCGGAACUUGUUAUAUACGAUAAUCAGUUAUCCGGCGGAAUCCCAUCAUCCAUUGAUAAACUAGUUUCAUUAACGAGGCUCGAUUUCCAUCUGAACAACUUCUCAGGUAGUAUAACAAAUACAAUUGGGCUUCUCAAGAACUUGGUUUCUUUACACUUAUCCAAUAACCAAAUUUCUGGAAGCAUUCCUACAUCUAUUGGAGAACUAUCCAAAUUAAAAAAUCUCUUUCUCAGUCAGAAUAGUCUUAGCGGAAGCAUUCCGAGUUCAAUUUCAAAGCUAAGUCUUCUCGAUAUUUGUGUUUUAUCAGACAACAAACUUACUGGUAGUAUACCGGCAUUGAUCGGUGAAACUGCGCUCCGGUUUCUUAUACUUGAUAACAACAUGUUAACAGGCAGCUUACCUAACAGUCUUGGUAAUCUUACAAAACUUGAAAAUUUGUCUGCAAAAAACAACCGGCUCACGGGUAAGAUUCCUUCAAGUUUUAGUAGUUUAAUGAAUCUUCAGCAGCUCGACCUCUCUAGGAAUGGUUUGUCAGGUCCAAUUCCUCCUGAAAUAGUUAAGUUGAAUGCAAAGUUAGAAACCUUAGAUUUAUCAGUCAACCCAUUGAGUCUAGUGAACAUACCGAGUUGGAUGUCAAAAAUGAACCUUCAGCGACUAUCUUUAGCUCGAACAGGGUUAAUUGGAGAACUUCCGGAAUGGUUAUCUUCAACAAGUUUGUUAAAUCUUGAUUUAUCGAGUAACAUGUUGGCCGGAGUAUUGCCAGCAUGGAUAGGUAACAUGACAAGAUUGAGUUCCCUGAAUAUAUCUAACAAUGGUUUCCAUUCAGCUAUACCAAUUGAAUUCAAGAACCUUUCAGUUUUGCGGGAACUUGAUCUUCAUUUGAACAACUUCACUGGAGGAUUAAGCUCCAUUUUUCCAAAAGAUAGUAACUUGUUUCAUUAUGGUUUUAUUGAUCUUUCUUACAAUAUGUUUGUUGGUCGUAUAGAUAAUAUUGGCAACUUAGGUGAAAUGGACUUACUUGGAACAUUAGAUCUAUCUAAUAAUCAUUUAGAAGGAUCGAUACCAGAAUCUCUUGGGAAAUUGAGUAGAUCACUGAAUACUCUAAAGCUUCAAAAGAACGGGUUUACGGGUGGUAUUCUUUCAGGGGUAAUAAAUUUGUUGAGCCUCGCAGAAUUUGAUGUGUCCUACAACAAGUUGACAGGGGAAAUUCCUCCGCAUACCACACCAUUUCCUGCUUCGUCUUUCAAGGGCAACUCUGGCCUAUGUGGCUCCCCACUUCCUCCUUGUAAAGCUGCAUAGUAGAUCCCAUUCUACCGUUUUGAUCGUUGAGUCCUUUUUUUUAAGUAGUAAUAAAGAAGAACUCAAUAAAUUUAUUUUGCUUAAUUUUAUUUUUUUUGCAAACUUAAAUCACUCUUUAUUGUCAAUAAAAUGUCUUGUGUUUCACAGUUAUCAUGUAACUGUACACGACCA